AUGGCAGAGAUGAGAGGCGUGCUCUUGUUACUGCUCUAUGUUUCCCACUCUUCUGCCAACUGUGGCAUCCAGAAAGCUUUCAUUCCGGACACUCUCGAGGACAACUUGGUCCACAGCAAGAUGUUCCCAUGGGUGGUGUCCCUGCAGGAUUCCCAGUACACCCACCUGGCUUUCGGCUGCAUCCUCAGUGAGUUCUGGAUCCUCAGCAUCGCGUCUGCCUUUCAGCACAGGAAGAACGUGGUCGUUAUAGUUGGUAUAGCUAACAUGGAUUCCAGAAAGAAAGCCCACACAGAGUAUCCAGUCAAUACCAUCAUCAUCCAUGAGGGCUUUAAUAACCGCUCCAUGAGAAACAACAUAGCCCUCCUGAUGACAGACACGGCGAUGCAGUUCAACGAUUUGGUCCAGCCCAUCUGCUUCCUCGGCAGGAAGCUGCAUAAGCCACCAACCUUGUGGAACUGCUGGGUGUCAGGAUGGAACCCCACGUCUGCAACAGGAAAGCAUAUGACGAUGAGUGUCCUGAGGAAAAUCUCCGUGAAAGACGUUGACCUGUGUCCCUUAUACAAACCCCCGAAAACAGCCUGCUGCAGUCACAGAAAGCAGAAAACAGAGAACAUCUGCUUGGGGGACCCAGGAAACCCAAUGAUCUGCCAGCUACAGCACUCGGAUCUGUGGGUCUUGAGAGGAGUCCUGAACAAAGGUGGUGAGAAAUGCGCUGGCCCGUUUCUGUACACCAAAGUGGAAGACUACAGCAACUGGAUCAUGGCCAAGGCUAAGAGGGUCGGCCCCGCCCUGCAUUCCCUCCACCACUGGGAGAAGGUGCGCCCUUACUCUGAUGGGCUGAGGAGCAUCGUGGCACAGAAAACACAUGCUGGGCUGGGCCAUGCUGGAUGGCACCGAGGGCACCACCAAGGACGAAACUGGCACUCCAGUCAUUUGCUGCCAGCAAAUGACUCUAGAAGUAAUCUCGACUUUAGAGAAAAAGGCCUGAGAGAAGCAGGCCGGUCUUCGGAGAUGGCCAUACAGCCCAUGUAUUAUGACUACUAUGGUGGGGAGGCUGGAGAGGGGGGGUUCAUUGCAGGUCAGAACAGCCUACAUCAGUCCCAAGAAACUAUCUUGCUUUUCUUCUUGCUGGUUUUCUUUUGCAGCGGUACCUAG